GUGGAUGAGGCCUAUAUGGCCAAGGUGGAGCUGGAGUCCAACCUGGAGAGUCUCACGGACGAGAUCAACUUCCUGCGGCAGCUCUACGAGGAGGAGCUGCAGGAGCUGCGUUCCCAGGGCUCGGACACGUCCGUGGUUCUUUCCAUGGACAAUUCCCGGCACCUGGACAUGGGGGGGGUCCUGGCCGAGGUUCGGGCGCAGUUCGAGGACAUCGCCGGGCGCAGCCGCGCCGAGGCCGAAGGCCUCUACCAGGGCAAGUACGAGGAGCUGAAGCUGACGGCCGGGAAGCAGGGGGACGACCUGCGGAACACGCGGAGCCAGAUCCAGGAGCUGAGCCGGAGGAUCCAACGGAUCCAGGCUGAGAUCGACGCCCUCAAGAACCAGCGCUCGGGGCUGGAGGCGGCCGUGGCGGAGGCGGAGGAGCGCGGGGAGCUGGCGCUCAAGGACGCCCGGGCCAAGCUGGGGGGGCUCGAGGGGGCCCUGCAACAGGCCAAGGCCGACCUGGCCCGGCAGCUCCGAGAGCACCAGGAGCUCAUGAACGUCAAACUGGCCCUGGACAUCGAGAUCGCGACCUACAGGAAGCUGCUGGAGGGGGAGGAGUGCAGGUGCGGGCACAACCCCAGA